CACUUACCGUACAGAGUACACGGCAUAUCUGAAAGAAAGAAAAAAACAGAGAGAGAGAAGAGAAGAGGUCGGACUCGGACCUGUCCACGCCGAGAGAGAGAGAGAUCGGAAGAGACAGAGGGCACGGCGUCGACGGCGACCGUCUAUGGAGCUAGCCGACUCGCCGAUCGGCCCGAUCUAGCACCGGCGACUGUCUAUGGGUUUCAACUUUCACGGGUCUCUAACUUAAAGAGAAAGUGAAAGAGUAACUAGUCUGAAUUCAUGGCCAUUACGAAUGUGUUGAACUUGAGGAGAGCUUGAGGGACAAGAAAAUAGAGACAGAUGUGGAUGCGCUGUGUAAAACCUCUCUGGCAGUUAGAAGCCUUGAGACAAUCCUCUAAAUCUCCAUGGCUUUUCUCCUUGUUUUCUCUCUACUCAGACACUCCUCACAGGAAGUCAAAGCUUGCUCCUCUACAGGAGAGGAAAAUGAUAGACAGGUUUAGGCUAUAUGCUAAAGGAGGCGAUGGUGGCAAUGGUUGUUCCAGCCUCCGCCGUGGCCGGCAAGAUCGUCGUGGCAGACCUGAUGGUGGGAAUGGUGGAAAAGGCGGUGAUGUGAUUUUGGAAUGUUCCCCCACAGUUUGGGACUUCAGUGGUUUGCAACAUCAUGUUGCUGCAGACAAGGGGGGACAAGGAGCCUCAAAGAAUAUGAUUGGAACCAGAGGGGAAGAUAAGGUUCUCUUUGUACCCGUUGGCACUGUGGUACAUCUUAUGGAGGGUGAAAUUCCUUCUGUUGUUGAAAAGCAUCAUUCAACUGAGUUGGAUCCAUGGGAGAUUCCUGGUACACUUGUUGACAACAUAUCUGAACCUGAUCAGGGUUCUUCCUAUGGUGACCCAAAAAUGGCAGCAGAAGUUGGGACAGUGCCAACUACUGGUUGCUUAUCAGCUCGAACUAAAGGAAAUGCAGAGAUAUCAACAGGCAUGAAGCAGAACACUCUAGCUGCAUCAACUGAUACUCUUUCUCAACUUUCUUCUUCCUAUAAUACAUCCAAAAUGUGUACAAAAGAGACAGUGAAGAAAGAAGAGAUGGAGGAAAAAGAACAGAUGCUAUACAAUGUUGCAGAAUUAACAGAACAAGGUCAACAAAUUAUAGUUGCUCGAGGAGGGCAGGGCGGUUUGGGUAAUAUUGCUACUGGCAAAGGUCUAAAGAAGCCCAAGUCUAUGAAGCCUGGGGUCAAUAAGGAUAAUAACUUUGAUAUUGAAGUGUCCAAUGAUGAUCAGGCCUCUCUUAGUACUGGUUUUCCUGGCUCUGAAUCUACUCUUGUAUUGGAACUCAAGAGCAUUGCUGAUGUGAGCCUUGUGGGGAUGCCUAAUGCUGGUAAAAGUACUCUACUGGGUGCUAUAUCUAGGGCUAAACCCUCAGUAGGGCACUACGCCUUCACAACUCUUAGGCCAAAUUUAGGGAAUCUAAACUAUGACGACUUAUCAAUUACAGUGGCUGAUGUUCCAGGACUAAUAAAGGGUGCCCAUGAGAAUCGUGGACUUGGACAUGCAUUCCUGCGCCACAUAGAACGUACGAAGGUUCUGGCCUACGUGGUAGACUUAGCUGCUGGAUUGGAUGGUAGAAAGGGUGUGCCACCAUGGGAGCAGCUGAGAGAUUUAAUUUUAGAGCUUGAGUACCAUCAAAAGGGUUUAUCUGAUCGACCUUCCUUAAUAGUGGCAAAUAAAACUGAUGAGAAAGGGGCUGAAGAAGUUUAUGAAGUACUAAAAAAUAAGGUGUCAGGUGUUCCUAUAUUUCCUGUCUGUGCUGUUUUGGAGGAGGGAAUAGAAGAGCUAAAAUCUGGUCUUAAAGGGCUUAUGAAUGGUGAAAUUUCAUGCAGACUUAGAUUAGAUGGAAUAUUGCUUGAUUAGAUGGUUACUAAACAUAUCCUUUGUUACUGGUUACUAUUCCCCCCCUCCCCCACCCCCCUCUUCCCCUUUUAUUUUCUCCAUCUCCACAAAAAAGAGGGGAGGGUAGAAAAUUAUGCAGUUGACACUUGACAGCACUGGGAUCAUCUCUAUAUCAGUUUCAAUUUUGUGCAUUUUCGGAUGAGUCAGAACCGUUUUAAUUUGUUAAUCAUGUUUCCAGUGCUUGAUGCUUCUCUUUUUUGGGGUUCAACGGAAACAUGUGAUUCUCUAUGUAUACUCUUCCAGCUUUCUGCCCUAGUUGAGGCUUUAUAAAUGAUGCAAUCAUCAGAACUUGUCUUUAUUAA